AUGAGGCCCGAAAUAAUCAGCGAGCCGGCCGAUAUCCAGGCUCUGGCUCGUUUGGGCAAAAAGCAGGUGCUCAGGCGUCGAUUUGGAUUUUUCUCAAUUGUCGGGUUUGCCAUGGCCGAGUUGAUCACUUGGGAAACCGUCCUCACUCUGUUCAACCAAGCUUACGACAAUGGUGGUCCAGCUGGUGCCUUUUUUGGGUACAUAAUCGCUGCUGUAUCUACCUUGUCCACUUAUACUGUUAUUGCGGAGCUGGCUUCCAUGGCACCAAUUUCAGGUGGUCAGUACUACUGGGUCUAUAUGCUUGCGCCCAUACGAUGGAAGAAGAUGUCAAGCUAUCUGAUUGGCUGGCUUACAUCUCUUGCAUGGAUCGCGACGAUCGCAACAGAGACUAUCUUCCUAGGGACUAUGAUUGAAGGUCUGAUUACUUUGAACAAUCCCGACUUCGUACAGAAGCGAUGGCAGAAUACUCUGCUGGCCUGGGCAAGUGUGGCUGGCACUUUCUUCAUCAACAUCGUGGUGCCAAACAUCCUUCCUCGAUUUGAGAUUGUCAUACUUGUUCUGCAUAUAGCAGGGUUCAUUGCCAUUACAGCCACUCUUCUCGCCAUGUCUCCUAAGAAAUCGGCAGAUUUUGUCUUCCACACUUCCCUUAACGAAGGUGGCUGGCCUACACAGGGCCUCUCUUACUGCGUGGGGUUCAUUGGAAACAUUGCCACUUUUGUCGGCGCCGACGCCAGCGUUCACAUGGCCGAAGAAGUCGCCAAUGCAGCCGUAGUGAUUCCGCAAGCAAUCAUCACUGGCAUGACCGUCAACAGUGUCCUCGGCUUUUCGAUGAUGCUCACAGUAUUAUUCUGCAUAGGAGAUGUGAAAUCGGUUCUCAACUCAGCCACAGGUUUCCCAUUUAUUCAAAUUUUCUAUGACAGCACAGCCUCCUACGUAGGUGCUUCUGUCAUGACAGCGCUCAUCAUGGUGCUAACAAUAGCUUGCUCAACGGGUAUCACUGCCACAGCAUCUCGUAUGACGUGGAGCUUCGCUCGAGACCAGGGCUUGCCAUUCUCCCGCUACCUUAUGAGCGUGAAUCAACAUACUAAAGUUCCCAUCGUAUCUGUCUCUGUAGUUUGCGGAUUUGCGUGUGCCCUGACGCUCAUCUAUAUCGGCUCUACCACAGCCUUCAACGAUGUCAUCUCACUGACUGUGACUGGUUUCUACAGCACUUAUUUCCUCCCAAGCGCCUUUCUUCUAUACCACCGCAUUAAAGGAAACGUCUUGCCCCACGGUACCAUGAUAAAUGGUCUCCCAGAUGCAGCAACCGCCCAAGAAAAGCCUACUUUUAAAGCUGGUCCAUCCGUCAGCUCCGAACGCAACAUACCUGAAGCAGAAAAAGCCACGCGCCCUGAGUUUGAUAUUGCCAAAGCACCUCUCAUUUGGGGUCCUUGGAAGGUCUCCGGUAUCCCUGGAAUUAUCAAUAACGCCUAUGCUUGCGUUUAUAUGAUAUUUGUCAUUUUCUGGAGCGUUUGGCCCCCGUCAACUCCUGUAGAUUCUUCCAUUAUGAAUUAUAGUAUCGUUGUUACGGGAGGUGUGUUGAUAUUGAGCGGUAUUUGGUACUUUGCUCGUGCAAGAAAAGAAUACUCGGGCCCACUCAUUGAUGAUGAAGUUGCUGAGAUUAUGCAUCUCACUCCAGCGGCUGUUCGGUCAAUUUAA